AUGGGAUUGACCAAAGACUAUUUAAAAUACGAGCAUGCUGGCUCUUGUGGCUGUGUUGGAUCUACGAACGGACAACUUGUUGCUAUCGAUGGACAAACUGUCGCUGUAUCGGCCAAUGAGUAUCUCAACUUCUAUAAUAUGAGAACCACCGAGAAGGUUAAUGAAAUAAUCGAAUCAACCAAACCGAUUACAUGUGUCCGUCAAUGUGAAAACAAACCUCUCCUUGCUAUCGGAUAUGCUGAUGGAUCAGUGAAAUUGUUUAACCGAGAGAACGAAGACUCUGAACCAGUAAUGUUCUCUGGUCACAAGAAAGCGGUAAACUGCAUUGAAUUCAGCAGUGAUGGUUUAUUGUUCGCCACUGGAGGAAAAGAUGGUGUAAUCGUUCUUUGGGAUAUUCUUGCUGAAAGAGGAAUGUUCCGUUUGCACGGUCAUAAAGAAUCGGUUACACAAAUGAAGUUUGUUCGAGGAGAUCGAUUCAUUAUUUCAACUUCCAAGGACAGUCUAAUCAAGUUCUGGAGUAUUGCAAGUCAAUCGUGUUUCUAUACAGUAAUGGACAGCAGAAAUGAGAUCUACUCAAUGAGUUUACACCGAGACGAAUCGGUUCUUGUCGCUGCAACUUCUGAGUUAGAGUUGUUAGUGUUUGAACUGAAUUGGAAGAAUGGAGCAAUUUUUGAGCAAGAAGUGAAAAGCGAAGAACCAAGUGCCAAAAAAGCAACUGAGGAAGAUAUGAAAGAGGAAGACGCACUCGCUAACAUGGCCAACAGAUACAUCACGACCAAAUUCCGUGGAAGAGUUAUCCGACAGAGCAAAGGAAGAGCUCUUCAACUUGUUUCAACUCAUGAUGAUCGAUUCUUGGUGUGUGUUGGAGCCGAUAAAGUUGCAGAUGUGUACAGAGUAUUCUCAGAAGAUGAAUCUGCAAAACGUCUCACAAAAAAGUUGAAAAGUGCGAAGCGAAAGGCUACGUCGGAUAGUUCAGCAGUGAGUGAAGAUGAUGUGGCAAAAGAUGUGACAAUUCUUGUCACACGUAUUGGAGAAAUGGUACUUCCACAUAAAAUCAAAUGGAUUGAUGUAGUAAAAUCGGUUAAAAAUGAUGGGCCAACGUCGAUCUAUAAGUGGUACGCUCUUCUCACUGACAAUACAGUCCAUUGGGUCAAGAUGAGCAUUGAAACAACCUCUAAUGCUGUUGAAUGUGAUAGUGUUGGAAAUUUGGACAAACUUGGUCACAGAGAAGAUGUUCGUGCGUUGUGUGUAUCUUCAUCAUCGAGUCUUCUAGCAUCUGGAGGUGGCAACGAAGUUAUUGUAUGGAGUACUCAUUCACUUCGAUCUUCUCUUACAUUAACUGACAAUGAUGUCAAAGAAAUUGUAGCUGUAAACUUUGUUCCUGGUGACAACUACAUUUUGACAGGUGGAAAGAAUGGUGAAAUCGGCGUUUUCGAACUAAGCAGUGCGGAGCUUGUCGAAACCAGAAAAGCACAUACUGGAGCGAUUUGGACUAUUCAAAACACACCAGACAAUGAAGGAUUCAUGACCGCUUCAGCUGACAAAACUGUACGAUUCUGGGGUUUCCUUUUGGUCACCGAAGGAUCACGCAAAAGAAUAUCAAUCAGAGAACAAAAAGUUCUGGAAUUACCCGAUGAAGCCCUUGCCGCUUCUUUUUCACCCGAUGGAAAGUUCCUCGUAGUUGCUCUUCUCAAUAAUACCUGCUCCGUUUACUUCGUUGACACUCUAAAAUUCUUCGUUUCACUUUAUGGACAUUCUCUUCCAGUCACUUGCGUCGAUAUUGCUCCUACCAGCAAACUAUGUGUUACUGGUUCUGUUGAUAAAUCUGUGAAAGUAUGGGGAUUAGACUUCGGAGAUUGUCACAAAUCAUUCCACGCACACGACGAUGCGGUAACUUCUGUUCUAUUCUGCCCUGGAGAGGAACAACUUUUCUGGAGUGCAGGAAAAGAUGGAAAGAUCAAACAAUGGGAUGCAGUGAAAUUCAUUCUGGUCCAGUCUCUUGACAGACACAGCUCUGACAUUCGAUGCUUAGCCCAGUUCACCAAUGGCUCUGUUAUGUUUUCUGCGUCUCACGACAAAUCUAUUCGUUGUUGGGAGAAAACUGAUGAAAUGGUAAUUGUGGAGGAACGAGAAGAAAUGGAAAGAGAAGAAGAAUACGAAAAGAAACUAAUUGAUGAAGACGAUGUCGUUGCCGGAGAAAAUGCCGAUAAUGAAGCUGGUGUUGCAAGUAGCAAGACGAGUUCCAGUGUGGUUUCUGCAGAAAAUAUCAUUCAAGCUAUCGACAUUGCUAGAAAUGAAAAAGUGCAGAGAGAAGAAGAUCCUAACCAUGAACCGCACCCACUCAUUGGUGCUUACAAUAGUAGAUCUCUGGAUCAUUUCAUCGUCGACGUCAUUGCAAAGUGUAGAGCCAGUGAUCUCGACCGAACUCUCCUUCUUGUUCCUCUUUCAUACUUGACUGAUAUUCUGCUAGCUAUUGCUUCGUGUACUCAACAACAAUACAAAGCCGAGCUUUGCACUCAUGUUGCAGUUUAUUUGACUAGAGUUCAUCUCAGUCAUAUUAUUGCUUCUUCCGAUUAUGUUCCAAUCUUUGAGCAAAUGAAAACGAAAAUGUCAGAGGGAGUGGAAAAAUUGAGAGAAGUCACUGGAACUAAUUUGGCAGCUCUUCGACUUUUUGCCACUGAAAUGGAAGAUCGUGAGCAAAUCAAAAUGUUCGCUCAAAUUGAAUUGGGUGCAGAAAACCCCAAAAAGAAGAGAAAGGGAAGAAAAGCAGUGUUGAAGACACUUGGUAAGAAAUUUGCUGUCGAAUCAGAUAAAACGACACAGGAAGAGUCCUAA